UUUUGAUUAGGAAGCAAGCACAGCAAUCUUCAGCUGUUUCUUCCUCUUCCUUCCAUUUCAAUUUCAAUUUCAAUUUCUUCUCUCUUGGUCACUCCAAUUUCUUCUUCACCAAAAUGGAGAAGUUAAGAUGUUGCAGCAGUUUCCUGGAGAACUCUAAACCUUACUUCGCCAUGAUCUCUUUGCAGUUCGGAUAUGCCGGCAUGAACAUCAUCACUAAGGUUUCAUUAAACCGCGGCAUGUCUCACUACGUUCUUGUGGUCUAUCGCCACGCCUUUGCCACAGCAGUCAUUGCUCCUUUCGCCAUAUUUCUCGAGAGAAAAGCUCAACCAAAGAUCACAUUUAAAGUCUUCAUGCAGAUUUUUGCCCUUGCCCUUCUGGGGCCCGUGAUUGACCAAAAUUUCUAUUACGCCGGUUUGAAAUUUACUUCUCCGACUUUUUCAUGUGCCAUGAGCAACAUGCUUCCGGCGAUGACGUUUGUUAUGGCAGUCAUAUUCCGAAUGGAGAAGCUGGAUUUGAAGAAAAUAAGGUGUCAAGCGAAGGUUGUGGGAACUGUAGUGACAGUGGCUGGGGCAAUGUUGAUGACCUUAUACAAGGGACCCAUUGUUGAACUCUUUUGGACCAAACAUAUUCAUCCUCAUAAAUCUUACGCCAACACUUCUUCCUCCACCGGUAGCUCCGACAGAGAAUGGUUCAUCGGUUCAAUUCUUCUCAUCAUCGCUACCUUCGCCUGGGCGUCUCUCUUCGUUUUACAGACGAAAGCAUUGGAGACAUACAGAAACCAUCAGCUGUCGCUCACAACGCUCGUGUGCUUCGUGGGCACUUUACAAGCUAUUGCGGUGACAUUUGUGAUGGAGCACAAGCUCUCAGUGUGGCAGAUUGGCUGGGACAUGAACCUCCUCGCCGCAGCCUACGCUGGCAUUGUGACAUCAAGUAUUUCGUACUAUGUUCAAGGGCUUGUGAUAAAGAAAAGAGGCCCUGUUUUUGCCACUGCUUUCAGCCCGUUGAUGAUGAUCAUUGUCGCCAUUCUGGGCUCGUUCAUCCUGGCGGAGAAUAUUUAUCUCGGAGGUGCGAUCGGCUCAUUGCUGAUAGUAAUAGGCCUCUACUCCGUGCUGUGGGGCAAACACAAAGAAAAGAAAGAAGAAUUUCUAGCCGAACAGAUUCUGGAUCCCGUAAAGGGAGAACAAGUGAAUGGGAAUGGGCAUUCCGCUUCAAUGAUUGAAGAUAUUGAAGCAAAUCAAGUUGAAUUACAAAAGGCAGAAGCUAAUAACAACAUGAAGCUCGAUUCAUCAGUUUCUAUUUGCAUGCCUGCAGCCAAAGUCCACCAAGAGAAAUAAUUGAACAGUUGAAUUAAUCACAAUGGCAGAGGAGGGCUUUUUUUCUUUGGUUAUAUUUUCUCAAAGUUUCAGAUAGAUAUUGCCCCGGGUCUUUGUUUUUCUUGUGUUUUUGUUGUGUUAAAUUUGUGUUAAAUAUUUCAGGGACUUUGUUCUGAAAAAAAAAAAUUCUAUUGGAGAUCUAAUGAAUUCUAAAAUCUCUUUUAACUA